UGACGCGCGCGCGCGCACACAAAGGCCCGGAUGGGCCGCGAUUUCCGGCGCGCUGCCCUCGGGCGGUAGGGGUCGCGAUUUCGGUGGCCCUUGUCCUGCUCGGCUCCUUCUGGGGCAUGUGCGGGCUUGUGUUUCUAGAAGGGAAAUGGAGCAAGCAGCCGGGCGAUGACGGGCAGCCCUAAGCCCUCUGACCGAGGUCCUGCCGCUUCCUACGUCAGGAGCCUACUCCGGACAUACCAGUCGGAAGCGGGCGCGGAGUCUGGGCGAGGUCGGGCUGGUUCUGUGGACAGGUUGACUCAGCUUUUCCUCUUGGGCUGGUCAAGUUCGGACACGUUCUGAGUCCGCGUAAGAGGAGCUAAGCCCUGACUUGUCUCCAGCUGGGCUAUUUAAACCGCGACUUUUGCCAGCUGUAUUCACUGUGGUAACAGGCAUACAGCAACCAUUCUCUAGUGAUCCAGGCAGAUGUGCAAUACCAACAUGUCUAUGUCUCCUGAUGGUGCUGUAAGCACCUCACAGAUUCCUGCUGCGGAACAAGAGACCUUGGUUAGACCAAAGCCAUUGCUUUUGAAGUUGUUAAAAUCUGUUGGUGCACAAAAAGACACUUAUACUAUGAAAGAGGUUAUAUUUUAUCUUGGCCAGUAUAUUAUGAAUAAACGAUUAUAUGAUGAGAAGCAACAGCAUAUUGUGUAUUGUUCAAAUGAUCUUCUAGGGGAUUUGUUUGGAGUACCAAGUUUCUCUGUGAAAGAACACAGGAAAAUAUACACAAUGAUCUACAGAAAUUUGGUAAUAGUCAAUCAGCAGGAACCAUCAAAUUUAGGCACAUCUGUGAGUGAAAACAGGAGUCACCUUGAAGGUGGGAGUAAUCAAAAGGAUUCUGUGCAAGAGCUGCAGGAAGAGAAACCUUCAUCUUCAGAUUUGGUUUCUAGACCAUCUACCUCAUCUAGAAGGAGAACAAUUAGUGAGACAGAAGAAAACUCAGAUGAAUUACCUGGUGAACGUCAAAGAAAGCGCCACAGAUCUGAUAGUAUUUCCUUUUCCUUUGAUGAAAGCCUUGCUCUGUGUGUAAUAAGGGAGAUACGCUGUGAAAGAAGCAGUAGCAGUGAAUCAACAGGGACCCCAUCAAAUCCGGAUCUUGAUGCUGGUGUAAGUGAACCAUCCGGUGAUUGGAUGGAUCAAGAUUCAGUUUCAGAUCGAUUCAGUGUAGAAUUUGAAGUUGAGUCUUUCAAUUCAGAAGAUUAUAACCUCAGUGAAGAAGGACAAGAACUCUCAGAUGAAGAUGAUGAGGUAUAUCAGGUUACUGUGUAUCAUGCUGAAGAGAGUGAUACAGAUUCAUUUGAAGAUGAUCCUGAAAUUUCCUUAGCUGACUAUUGGAAGUGUACUUCAUGCAAUGAAAUGAAUCCUCCUCUUCCAUCACAUUGCAACAGAUGUUGGGCCCUUCGUGAGAAUUGGCUUCCUGAAGACAAAGGGAAAGAAAAAGAAAACAUGCCUGAGGAAAGCAAACUAGAAAACUCAACACAAGAAGAAGAAGGCUUUGAUGUCCCUGAUUGUAAAAAAAGUACAGUGUGUGAUUCCCAAGAAUCAUGUGUUGAGGAAAAUGAUGAAAAGAUCACACAAGCCUCCCAGUCCCAAGAAAGUGAAGACUAUUCUCAGCCGUCGACUUCUAGUAGCAUCAUUUAUAGCAGCCAAGAAGAUGUCAAAGAGUUUGAGAGGGAAGAAACACAGGACAAAGAAGAAAGUGUGGAAUCUAAUUUUCCCAGUAAUGCUAUUGAACCUUGUGUGAUUUGCCAAGGCCGACCUAAAAAUGGUUGCAUCGUCCAUGGCAAAACAGGACACCUUAUGGCAUGCUUUACCUGUGCAAAGAAGCUAAAAAAAAGAAAUAAGCCCUGUCCAGUAUGUAGACAACCAAUUCAGAUGAUUGUGCUAACUUAUUUCUCCUAGUUGAACUGUUUAGAAAAGUAGCCUAGAUUUGCCCUGCUGAGUGCCUCAGCGGUUGAGCUUUGAUCUAGGAUCCAGGCGAUCUCCGUUCAGUUCCUGCUCAGGGCACAUGCCUGGGUUGUGGGCUUGAUCCCUGGUCUGGGGCAUACAAAAAUAAGUUCCACUUUCUCUUAAAUGAGAAGUACAGUGUCUGAUCUCUUAAAAAAUAUUUUGGAGAUCCAAGGUGGUGGGAGACAAGGUGGAUGUUACAUUCACCUUCCAGGACCAAACUGGAAUUAUAACUAAAAUGUAGAA